CUUUCUACGACUGCUGGAAACAAAUCGGAACAGAUGGAAGACAUCGAUCUUCACAAGGCUGAGCUUCAGCAAGAUGCGACAAUAACUAAUGCAGCGACAACCCCGGAAAGAAAACAGGAGAUGGAUUAUGAAAUGCACUACGGGUUAUCACAUCGCAGCGUCAAAGACGUCCUAAUGGAGAUUCUCGAUGAUAUUGCCACCUUCAAAAACAUUCACGACUGGGAUAGCAAGCUUGUUGUCACACCCUUCAAAAAGCUAGAGACAGUCAUUAGAAGACAUGUGGCGGGAUGUAGCCAAGAAAUGAUGAACAACUUGCUCGUCCAUUCAUCGGUGGAGGAAGUUUUCAGUGCAGAUGGGAAACCAGAAAGCAUCCCAGCCAUGCAGGAAGACGGACAAGUCAAGAGCCAUUUUUUCUUCUCCAAGGCGGGCGAAAACGAGGCUACAUCAAAAGGGAAAGAACCAGUGAGUCCCUCCCGAGGUCGUGUCAUAUGCGUCAAAGAGUGCAGAUCUCAUAUUGAGCGUGCAGUCAUGUUGUGGAUACAUGCUCUCUGUAUCCGGCUGCAGAAUGAAGACAAGGCAUACAUUCGCAAUUUCAUUGAACGGCACCUCAAUCUCGAAUCAGCAAUGGCUACUCCCUAUCACUGGCAGCCUACUUCCCCACCGGAAGUUGGCGCGGAGCAGCACCAAAAGCACUAUCGAAGAGUGUCCUUGUCGUUUCACCUCGCAUAUCUAACCAUGUCUGCUGUCGACAGGCCAACUGAACAGCAAACUGACCUUGACCGAACCCCGAUUCUCUCUUUGUAUAAUGAGAUGUCGGGUAACAAUGCGAAUAACUAUUACCUCUAUCGAGCCUCAUCGUCCACCUUGAUGACUAUUGUGAUUCCCGAAGAGUCCGUUGGCCGAGAGGAAGAGACCCAGCUACUGAAGUCACCACAGGGUCUUUGGACAGUACUCAUGAUCAAUUACCCUCGCCGUAAUUUCGAUCGAGAGCUGGAACCGCAUCUCAAUCCAAUCUCCCAAUUCACCCGGGGCAUAACCGCGGCACUCGUCACGCAACGGGAUAAUGCAAAGUCAAUAUGUGACUUUCUCAGACAUGAGCUGCAGUCGUGCGAUGUAGAUGGAUUUCUGGAUGACGAGCAUUUUACCAAAUCCAACACGUAUCAUCGCACGAUCCAAGGGUGCAGUGAGCUCAAGGAUUCACUCGAUUCUACGCUUCGAUUCAUGAAGAAGCUCAACGACGGUCAGUUGAAGGAGUUGAGAAGUAUUGUACACCCACAGGAUGAACCAGGUGUGCAACACUGGACACGCGAAAUGCAUGAGGAGCUCUUUUCUUUGAGGGAACUGCGAGCUCAGGUUGAGGGAUUGAGCAAACGGGCGCAAGAAAGCCGUGCUGCUUUGCAUGGCGCGACUGCUCUUGUAGAAGCGCGUACUGCUUUGCAACAGGGUCAACGACUAAAGGUGUUGGCGUACCUUGCUACGCUUUAUCUACCUCUGACGGCAACUUCUUCAAUUUACAGUAUGAGUGUCUUGCCCAAUUCGGCCUCAUUCGCAUCCUUCUUCGUAGUCUUCGCUGUGCUGUUGAUCCUUACUCUAUCGCCCAGCAUUUACCAUGCACUCCUGCUUAGACUCCAAUCGAUCGAUACCACUGCUUUCAGGGCUUCUUUCCAAACCAAAAUCACUGCUCCGGCUCAGCUCCCGACACCACCGGAAGGUCCAGCUUCAUCCCCAGAUAUCGUUCCGGAAGCAUUGAUCGAUCCGUCAAAGGUCACCCCUCCAACCGGACCGAGAGAAGAAAAACCACGCCUCAUUCGCUAUCUUCAUGCGCUAAGACCUCACAGUAAAGGGUACAUUCCUGGACAUCUCGCCCUCCAUGAUUUCAAAGACCGCUUCCCAAAGCCCAAGAGCUUUUACUACCUCAUCAAAUGGCUGGUCUGGGAGAUGCCGCAGGAGAUUGCGUUUUGCUACUUGAUCCCGGAGCUGCGUUUCCCGCUCGAUCAGUACCACCUGUACCGGAUCAGAGGAAACGCGGUGAUACAGAGCGCAGGGUGGAAAUGGCAUCCGCUGGCGUUUGUUAGGGAUAUUAUCCGUGCUUUGCUCUUGCCGCUCUGGGCAAUUAUAGUUGUAGCUAUUUUCAUCUGGUUGCCGGUGUUGGUUUUGCUUUGGGUCCUUGGCGGCUUUGUACUCUAUUUACUUGCAUGUGUUUGUUCGUGUGUAGGGCUUCAUACAUGGGCUGACUAUCUAUAUAGUUGA